AUGACCGAAGCCCAUCCAUCACCAUGGCCAACACUCCCGCCUGAACUCUUAAAACUCUGCAUCGCAGAUCUCCCUGCCCGCGACCUAACCUCUGUCGCCCUCGUCUGCCGCUCCUGGACCCCACACGCCCAAUCCCUCCUCUACCGCUACCCCUACCUCCGCAGCCAACGCCACGCCCGUCACUUCGGGUGGUCGUUAUCGGAGAAUGAGGAUCUGAGGGAGUAUGUAUGGGAAUGGGAUGCGCAUCUCCUUGUAGGGGCGGAUGUGGGGCAGAUUGUUCAGGUCUUGCCUACGUUGAGGAAUCUGAGGAGAUUCGUGGCUCCGCAGGGGAGUUUGACCACCCCGUUUGUCAAUGCGUUGGGUGCGUGUGAAAACCUCCAACAUCUCGACCUUGAAUGGAUCAUCGAACGUUACGACCUCGGGCGAGUAAUCAACUCCAUCGCCAAACUUCAGCGACUACACACUUUCGAAUUCUCCCGCUGUGCACAAAUGGACCGCAUGCCCGUCAAAUCCUGGCCACCAAACCUUCAAUCCCUCCACCUCCGCGGCGGGGUCCCCGACGCGUUCAUCUACACCGCACCAUGGCCAGCCACCACAAUCCGCACAAUCCGCAUCUCCCACCUCCCCAACACCCGCCCCGAAGCUGUCCUCCACUUCCUCUCCACCUUCGGCCCGAUCGUGGAGGAGUUACGGAUCGAUUAUCCCCUUUACAGACUCAAACCAUCGAGCUUGGAUACGGUGUUUGAGUUGAUUGGGGAUGGGAUUAGGGAGGUGGGUGUUAGUGCUGAUUAUGUCAGUGAUGCGGCGUUUAGGGGGUUAGUGGAGCUCAGUGGACGAGCGAAGGGGUUGAGGGAGGUUAGGAUUACGUGGUCGGGGGUCACUCGUCGAGACAUGGUUUCUGCACGGGAUUUGCUACGCGUACUCGGUGUAUCGGUCGCCGCCCUCCCCACCCUUUUCUUCCCUAGUGGUGAACCGAUGUCCGAGCCAUCCACCGAAUCAUGGCAUGAGUCGAUCAAGCACGUUCUUGGUGGUGGUGCCAAGUUCAAGUUAUGUCUGGAUCAGAGACUGGCGAGGAGGUUGGAGGCGGAUGAUGCGGUUGCGUGGGGUGUGCUCGUUAAGGAAAAACGGGAUAUGGACAGGAUAAUCUGCUUUCAUUCAGGGUAUGAAGAUUCCCACGCGCGAAUUAGACAGUCAUGGGACGCAUGCUUCUCGCACGGUCCGAGUCAUGCUUAUGUCCACGCGUUUCGAGAAGACGUUUAUAUCAAGGCUCAAAGGAUAACCCGUGAAGUUAUUGAUUGUACUCAGCGAUUUCAUCGUUCGAAGUACGUAGUGAGUCUGGACAUGGAUUUCCCGUAUCGCUCAAGGAUUGAUUUGGGGCAUUUGACUCCCUAUCGACUAUUCAAACUGUUCCUCCUCUGGACAAACCGAUUGCUCCAUGGGUUCUUCGACAUCCUCUUCCAACUGCCCAAAUCCGCGGUGGUAGUCCCGUUGGAUUUCCUGUGCAUCAUCCUCAACCUUAUCACAGCUUCAUCCCUGCUUCUCACAACAAUGCUCCGUGAAUUACUCGCGCUUCCUUUCCAGGUCAUCUACUCCAUUCUUGAUGGACUCGCGUUCUUGGGAUUCUUUGGGACGGUUGUGGUGGUGGGGGUUGUGGGAUUUGUGGGGAGGGUGCUGGCUCAUGUGGUGUGGUUGGAUUGGUUGGUUAUGGAGGCGGAGGAGGAAGAGGUAAGGGCGUUGAUGGAGAUUAGGAGUCACUGGGGUGAGGAGGGGUGA